AUGAUCAUCAUCGCGGCGUUGGCGGUAAGCGCCUUCUCCGUAUCAUCCCCAAGCCACGAGGUGCCCUCAAGUACCGCACCAGGGCGCAAUGACUCCUUCGUGGACAAGGUGUUCCUGUUCGCGACCACGGUGGGUAUCGGGGACGCCUCCCCUACCCCGCCGCUGUCCCGCCUCCCAUCGGCCGAAGAGGGCCCCGACGACUAUCCGCUGACCAUCAUCCCGCCUCUGUGGCGUUUGGAUGAUGCGGCGGCUGGUGCGGCCGAAGAACAACAACGGCCACGGGAAAACUGGCUGAAGAGCAUCGUCGCCACCAUCAUGGUGGCCGUUCGCUUCCUGAUUGGCCCCAACGGCCAGAGGGCGAGUCAGGGAUGCCGGGGCGACGACGACAACGACGACAACCACGCCCCCGCCCAACGCGCUACGUGGCGGGAGCGAGCCGCAGCUGCCGCUCGUAGGUUUCUGCGCUCAGCGAGAAACAAGAUCAACAACGCCAAGGACCGCCUCCUCGCCAUGUUCGACAUCUCCGUCGCCAGGAGAACCGCUCGACUGUUGGACCUGGCGCGCAAGAUAAGCGUGCAGGACAUGCCGCGCCGGGCGGGGUUCAGACGCCAAGGCAGCGACGAGCUCUUUGAGGUCGAUCGUAGCCGCCUGGGAGUGAGCGAUGCCGUCGCCGCCGCUGUGAAGGAGAUUUGCACCAAGUUGGCGGCGGCAUUCCCUGUCAUCGGGUAUAACCAGGGCUUCGACGCCGCCUGUAAGGCGAUCUUUAUCUGUGUGGGCGGAAACCUGGGUGCGGCCGCCGCAGUUUUCACCAAGUGGGCCGUUCCCUUGGCGUGGAUGAUGAUGAACCCAUACAGGGACGGCCAGCUCGGCAUCAACACUGCCAUGCGAUACACCUGGUCGGUGAUCAAAAUGCACGCCGGUCCGGUGUCCGGAUGGCUGUCACGCGACCCGAUCGUUGGCUGCGACGAGGACAACGACAUGGCCGACACGAUUCUCGCACACAUCUUCAUGGAGCCGCUCUCGACCUUCUGCUCCAGGCUGGGCCUCCCCCAGUGUGUCAUCAACGACAUCGUGGAGGAGACGAUGCGGGCUGGCCUUCAUGGCCCGGCUGUCACGAUAUUCGUUGUUAUGUCUCUUCUCUGCUUGGCGGAGAAGCAGGGGGCGGAGGACGCCGACGUGGUGGUGAUGGUGAAGAUCCCACUGAUGGCCGCAGCAAGCAGCGUGAAGUCCUUCAAGGACAUCUUGGAGCACGCGCCUGUCUCGCUCGAGCACUUCUUGACUGGGUACCGAGCCGCAAUGGUCGGAGUACCGGCGUGCGAUGGCUGGGUAGAGCCGGUGUAG